AAGUGUCACCUCGUCUCGUCCUCCAACCAUGCGUGUCCUUGCACCCUCAAGCUCAAGCUCUGACUGCAAGUUAGAAAAGCACGUACCUCCUAAAGAAAUAGAAGACAUCUAUACGAACAUACAGCCUGCCCCAAUGCUUGUGCCUACUACGAAGAUCCCAUGCAUCACACUCGACGCCGACCUUGUGACAGACUCUAUGGCCGCCAGAUUGUGCAUUAGCUUGAUCGGCCACGUUCUAUUUUUAAAGAGUCAAGUUCCUUUCCCGGUCAUGCAGAUGGUACGCAUGCCCAGUGGUGAUACCACUUCUCGAGCUGCAAAGAAGCGUCAGGAGCUCCUCAAUUCAUUCGAUACCCUCGCGUCACACCUCAAUACGACAUUCACAGCACUCUCUACAGCGUUUGCCCUCCGCAGCGGAACACCGAGAAAAGAUGCUCAAAACUCUGGUCGUGCCUACCUUGCAGUCGUUCUUGGUCCCACACCUGGAUCCGCCAAAUGCAGGGUGAUGGUGGGUGUUGAUGCUUUGGAGGCAAAGGUCUGGGGAGAACGAGACGAUUGCUCAGGUAUCCCAUCUGAACAUGGUAUGGGAGAGGGCGCAGAGGAUGCCGGAAGUGAUGGCGAAGACGAGUCUAACUCGGACAACGACAGUGAUGGCGAAGCCGACUCAAACGAAAGCAGUGACAGCGACAGUAGUGAUGAUUCGGGCGAUGAAGAAGUCGAGUCGGAAACGGAAUCCAAUGAAUCCUCUCAAGCGCCCUCCCCACCACCAUCUAGGACACCUUCUCCCUCUCCUUCUACGCCUCCUCCACCACAACCGCUGCCUCACAGUUAUGCCCAAGAACUCGAAGCCCUCCGCGCUGCCGAACGCCUGCUCUCACGCACCCUCGCAAGCGCGUGCGGAGAAAAUGAUGGACAGGGCAUGGCCAGCGAGAUGCCUCCAACUCAGACACACAUAGUCCUGCGUGCUCCGCGAAGAUUCAUGCACCCAGCAUGGGUACCCAGGCAACCCCUCAGCAGUGCUUUUGACGCGUUGCUCGAUGCAUUUCUCGAGGAAUCUGGUGAACGUCCGACAAGGGAUGAUAUCAAGAAGAAAAAGAAGGGAGGAAAGGUGGAAGGAGUAUGGAUUCGCAGUCGACAGGGGACGACUGAAAACUCGGAAAUAAUAACGGGUGAAGAAACUCCAGAAGAAGACGAGAUGAUUUGGUGGACAUGGGACGGGAAACUUGUUGGAUUUGCGGACUGGUGACAUCACAAAAUAAUUUCAGACGACUUGAACACGCCAGUUUGAGACGUCGGGUACAUGGCCUGCAGGAUAUCUGUGGAUGAAUUGUACUGCCAUGCUGCGUGCCAAAACUUCAUCAGUGCUUUAAAACAAUGAACCUAGUGAAACGCUCAGAACCAGUGUGCAAGAUCUAUGCAAGAUCUUAAUCAUGC